AUGGCAACCGCCAGUAAAGGUCAAGCAACGUCUUCAAUGACGCAGCAGAAUCGUUGCCGUCUGUUGCGUCUUCAAAUGCUGAUUAUAGACGGUGGACUACGAAUACUAAGAAAUAUUUUAGAUACGAAACUUAAAAAUGUAUCUCUUAGCGCAUUUUUACAACAGGAAAGGUCAACAAUAAACAAACUAAGAACGCGCGGAAUAAUUACACAGGUACAAUAUGAUCUACUGUUUCCAUCACUUGGCAUCGGUCCAACUACAACAGACCUAGACAUCACAUUAAUCAUAUGUCUCCUCAGAAACAUCAAGUCAUUCGGUCUGAACAAGCACUUUCAAUGGAACUCAAUUCCUGCCCAAGGUGAUGCCUCACUUGAGGCUGAUAUAUCUCGUCUGAAAAUAUAUAGAAAUGAGGUUCUUUUGAGGCUAAAUACGGCGGUGUCUCCCAUACCAGACCUUCAAAUGAUGAUUGAUGACUUUAAAGUGAAACCACUUGAUCCACAGGCGGAGAAAAGGAUUCAGAAAGCCAUAGACAGUUGGCAUAAGUUAGAAACGGGUGUAGAGGCUGAAUUAAAACUGUUGAAAAUGGAGGACGAGAAAAUAAAAUGUACUCUGAAAUUGCAAGAUCAAAUCACGAGAAAGCAAACACAGAGUAUUGGUGAAUUAAACAAGAAAACGUGUGAACAUGAUAAACAAAUACAUGACCAUGCUCUACAAAUACAAGAAUUAAAGUUAAAGGAAGAAACUAGAAAAGAUGACAAAGCAGAGGCAGAAUCAAAAUAUGAAGAAAGUAAACAAAAACUGAAGGAUGAACUUAUAACAUGGUACAAAACCUAUCAGAGUACAGUUCCUCUUUCACCACUCACAGAUGCUGUCCCUACCCCUCUAGCCGGGUUCUACAUUAUGCCAGAAAUUGACAUACAAACUUAUCAGGCUGGUGGAAGAAAAGAAACAACUAGAGUCAAGUCGUUACAGGACCUGUUUUCAUCGUGUAGGACCGUUCAAAAGGAAAUAUACUUAUCAGCGGACGCUGGAUUUGGGAAAACAGCAUUUUCAAAAUAUCUCGCCUUGACGUGGUGUCAAGCUCAUCAAAAUGAUGACAAUUAUAAGCAUUUUAAAGAAGAAGAGUUGAAGGCGUUAUCUGGCUUUGAGUGUUUAUUUCUAGUGCUAUUGAGAGAUUCAGCUAAAGUAUGUGAUGUUGACGACAUGAUUGAAGAACAACUCAUACAAAAUCUCCCUUGCUCAUCUUCAAUACCAGAAGGUCUUUUAAAGGACAUUCUACGAGAUGAAAAAUGUCUUGUUAUAUUAGAUGGACUAGAUGAAUGGACUCAUCCUGACAACGAUUGUUCAAGACUUCCUAAAACUAUUCCACAUCGAUAUGCACGUGAAAAGUGUGUAAUCUUAACAACGACUCGGCCAUGGAAGCUUGGAAUGUCAAACUUGAAUCAAAUAGGCGGAACAAUAGAGCUAGCUAAACUAAAUAAAGACAAUGCUAGGCAGUUUAAGUGUAAAGCAAUGAAAACGUUGAAUAAGAAAUUAAACGAUAAUGAACUGAAGAAUGAAGUGUGUAGAUUUGAAGAAGCAAUCAGUGACCAUGACCUUGAAUAUAUGGAAUCUACCCCUCUUCUAUUACUUUAUCUUAUAUGUUUAUGGGUUGAAAAAAUUCCAAUAGGAAAUUCAGCAGUAGAAUUAUAUACAGACAUUAUUCAGCUCCUCCUAUAUAGAACAGAAAAGUUACAUGGAAAGUUUCAUUCAUCGUGUAAAACACCCCCGAGUUACGUCCCUGAAUGUUUCAGAAAAAAUAACCAUUUCUGUAGGUACUACACGUUUUUGUUGACCAUUGGGAAACUAGCUUUUUAUACAUUGUUCAGUAAGACAAAGGAGCAUGCAUUAGUUUUUGAUGAAAAAAUUGCUGAAAGAUAUCUUAACCAAGAAGAUUUGAAAUCAAGCUGUCUAUCAGGAUUAUUAUCAGAAAGUAAAGUGAAAACAUUAAUAAACGAACGUUUUAAAAUCUCAUUUUUACAUAAAACAGUACAAGAAUACUUUUCAGCAAUAUUUAUAAGUUUUCAAAAUUCAAGUGAAGUCCAGAAAAUCCUAUAUGAAGAGUGCCACUGUCUACAAAAUAUUCUAGACAAGUCAAAAGUGUUUGUCUUCAUCAGUAACAUGAACCCUAAAUUAAUGUCUGCAAUAUCAAGUGAUUUAAUGCCUGUGAUAAACAAUGAUGAAAUAACAAUCAAAUACAGAACUUUGACAAGAUAUGAUCGCAUGUACAUUAUGCGAUUACAAGACAUACAAGACAUGUACAUUUCUUGUGCAAAAGAAAGAAAGGAAAACAAAGACCUCAAAUUGUGUUUACAAGAUUUCGUCAUUAAUGAAAACUGUCAACAAGAAAACUACCUCAAACAAUUACAACAGCUGUGUCAACAAAAUAAAGAAAACAUAAAAUCAAUAAUGAUAGAAAAUAAAGGUAUUUGUAGUCUACAAGAAAUUAUCAAAUUGUUUACACUCUCUGAUCUUCCACAUAUAGAGAAAUUAUGCUAUUGUGGUGAAAUAGUAGGAAUGGAAAUAAUGAGCUUGUUUUUGAACCCUUUAAAAUGUUUAACUGUGAUAUCAAGUAAAUUGGAAAAUCAUCAAUGUGUAGGAAAACGUCGCCGGCUAUCUGCAGAGAUAAAUGGACGACUGGUAACAUUACAACACCUGGAGUGUUUAAAUAUAGAAUAUUUCACUAUGACACACCAGGUAAUGGAGACAUUGUUUAAUAUCCUCACUAGUAAAAAAUCAAUGAAAGACAUAAUAUUGUACAGUUUAUACUGUAGUGAUCACAAGAAUACUUCAUGUACGGGAUUCAACCUUGACCUUUCUCAACAUUCACAACUAAGUAAUUUAAGAUUGUCCAAGAUACCUGUGUCACAAUUAAACAUUGAUGUAUCGUUAUUGGAAGAAUGUUGUGUAGGUGAAUUAUAUAAACCUGGUGUUGUGUCAUCUUAUCUCAGUCAACUACCAGAAGCCAGUAAACUACAAACAUUUAAGUGUAGGUAUCUAGAAUCUUCCAGUGACAUAGACACAAUGUUGCAAACAUUACCAUUGUUGCAUCAUUUGAAAGAUGUUUGGUUGUCUAUGAUCAAUCUAGGUGAAAGAUCAUUAAAACUGUCACCUGAAAUGAUCAGUAAUAAAAGUAUUUACUUUACGCGUGUAGCAAUGUCUUGUUCAGUGUUACAUGAUCUCAUUACUGUUAUAAACAAACUUUCAAAUACAUUGGCAGUCUCUCUGAGGUGUUGUGAUAUAAAACCUGACAGAGAAUUUAAAAAGUUUAAAACAUUUAUAAAACACUCAGACGAUUUUGUGGUCACCUAUGAUGGCACCAUGAAGUCUGGAGAUUACUGGUUUGAGUUCAAAACAACAACAAACUUGAAGUAAAAGGUACUGAGUAACCUUAAAUGAACUUGGAUAACAAUUUAUAUAAAGAGACAAGUGACAGGUGAAAUAGACAUCAUUAUUAUGUGUCGAACAUUUAAUCAAUACUACGCUGUACAUAACCCUUGUAAGACGAAUUUAACAAUUUCAAAAAGGGAAUGUAAAUGGAAACUGAGGAAAUUUCUUCUGUAAAUAUUUCAUAGGUUCCUGUGAAUUAUAAUUUCUGACAGUUUUCUAAAUAUA